AUGGGCCAUCCAAUUACAUUCGAUCACAUUCAAGAAAUACAUCGCCAUCAUCAUCAGCAGAACCAGAUAUUAAAGACAUCUAUAAUCGAUCGAGUUACACGAUCAAAAGAAAGUGGAUCCGAAAAUCAAUCUCAAAGACAAAUAAAGAAGUCAAGACCUCACGAAACUACACCAUUAGCUCCUCCACAAAUAUCAACAACAGUUAAACCAUUUCAUCUACCAACAGCACAUCUUAAACGAGCAGUUGCGAAUAACCUACCAUGCUUCUAUAUAAAAUUUGACAGUCAUACAACUCAACGUAGUAUACCACCAGCCAUGAAAGUAGCAAGAUGGAUUCGUCAAACAAUCCAACAACAAUCAUCUGAACCAAUAGGAGACUUUUCUAUACUGAUUCCUGUGGGCACAAAUCGAUAUAAAUUUGGCGUAACAUCAAAAAAUGAUUUCUUAUUACUUUGGAACUCCGAUGCAAAUGAAUAUGAAGAAAUUUUAAAGAUCGGUCGUAUAGCAAUCGGACAUUUACUUCUUCCAAUAACUGCAUUUCUUCCGGGUGUAAAAUUGACUUACUGCUCAAACUGUUGGAUGAUUGGUCAUACUAAACCUGAAUGUAAAAUCAAUCCUCGAUGUCGUAAAUGCUUAGAUGAUUGGGAAUUUAAUCAUCACUGCCAAAAGCCAAUAUUAUGUGCUCAAUGUGAAGGUCCAUAUUUAUCAACAAGUAUCGAAUGUCCAGUGGUUUACAAUCAUCGUAUAACAUUAAAAGAUCAAGUUAGGAAAGCUAUUAAUGAUGGAUUAAUAAGUCAACCCAGCAUCAAUCAAAAAAGAGCAGCUGCUCGCUAUGUCGAAAAUGUAGGAUUGGAAACAAAACAAAUAAAUGGAGCUAAACAAGCAUGGGGACGUCAAUUAAAAUCAACAGAUAGGCCACAAAUGCAACCUGAAAAUGAAAAUGAUCAAUUAUGUGAGCUAGUAUGUCGAACUAAAGAUGUUUUAGAUAUAAUACGUCGCAUGGAAUUGAAAAUGGAUAACCAGGUUUUAAAAAUUGAUAUGUUAGAAAGAAGAUCUCUAUUAAAUAAGGAAAGUUUGAUUGACCUAGCAAAGAUCAUUCAACAGCUCAUCAAUACAACAUUAGAAAAGAAAAACAAGCAACAACUGCAAAGCUUAGUACAACAACUGGAAGUAUUCAAAAAGAAUGUAAGUGAAAAGUUUAAUGCUGUUACAAGUGAUCAACAACAACAACAACAACAAACACCAACAUCUCCGUCCUUACAACCCAACAGUAACAAAAUACAAACUAAGUCAACAACCUUCAAUAACACUGAGAACUACGACAGAAUGGAACAAGACUCACUAAUAAAUAACGUAAAUGGGUAGUAAUUCUUUGCCAUAUUCUAUGAACAUUGAUGCAAUUCCUUUUGUUCCCAACCCUUAUUUCUUUUUUUCUUCUUCCCUUGUUGAUGUUGAAAGUGAAGUGAUUCGAAAAGUCAUAGACUGGGGCUUUCCUUUCAAAGUUGUGCAAUAUGUUAGCUCGAUAAUGAGUGAAUGGUUCUCAGGUAAUACUCUUAAUAGAAUUCUUAGUUUAUGGGAAACGCCAACCAAUCAUCCUAAAUGCCAACAAAAUCCAUUGAACAUACUGAAUUAUAAUGUACAAGGAUGGGGAACCCGAGCACUAGAAGCAGUGGAACUUAUUUUCAACUCUGACAGCUCUAUAGGAAUAUUCACGGAAGUAGGAGAGUUAUGGAAAGAUGUUACCAUCCCUCAUUUUAAGAGCUUCUAUCAGAAAGGUACCAAUAACAAAGGAGGAGUAGUUGUAGCAGUUGGAAAACAUCUCAAAGCAACACGUAUUGAUACAAAUAUAGACAACACGGUGAUUGUAGAUGUAGAAGGACUAACGGAACAAAUUAGAAUUAUUGGAAUUUAUUGGCCCCAAUGUCAGCACAGAAAUUUAGAAGAGCUUACAUCAUUCAUAACUGAAAAAACUGUCCUAACUGGAGAAUUUAAUGCCUCAGCGCAAAAAUGGCAAAGCCCGACGACAGAUGCUAGAGGUAAUCAAUUAAAAAAAUGGAUAGAAAAGAACAAUUUGUUGUUCAUACCUGGAACGAAGAACUCAUCUAAAAGAUCAGAGAGACAUAUUGACCUCAUUUUUACAAACAUAGAGGACGUUGAAGCGGAAACACUUAACAUAGGAACGAGCGACCAUUGGCCCAUAGUUAUGAAAAGUGAUCGAAUAGGAUUUCAAACGAAUGAUAAUUUUCCCGUAGUCAAUUGGACAGUAUUUCAAAUUGUUUUAACACUACUGCAAGACUUUUGGAUAAAAGAAUCAGAAAUACAAGAUGCAGAAAAUUGGUACUUGAACUACACACGUUUCCUUGCAGCUCUGAAAAAUAGAGUAACCAAGUGGAGAAACAGGAAUAGGUAUCGCCCUUCGUACCACCUUAUGUUAUAGGUAUGUUAAAGCAAGCUCGUCGAGUUGGAAAUAAGUACUACCGAGAAAGAAAAACAAAUUUCGGCGUAGAAGUAGAAAGAGCUAGAUUAUUAUUAAGAACAAUAACCAGACAAGUGAAAAAUGAGAUGUACAAGUAUAAAUCGGAACGAUGGAACGCCUUCCUAUCCACUAUUCACGAUUCUCACGAUAGAAAUGGCAAACAUUUUUGGUCACAUCUAUCGAAGAUUUACAAACCGAAAACAUUACCAAUCUCGAAAUUAAAAGCAGGUUCGAUUACGAUUGCUGACCAACAAGAAAUGACAAAUAUGCUUUACAAUUAUUAUAAGAAACAAGCGAAUAGCCCUAAUAUAGAUGAAAAUGAACAACAUGAUCAGAAAAUUGUAUGUGACUAUAACAAAAUCAUGAAUAACCUAUCCCAAUCACCAGAUAUCAAUGUCGAAAAAGUAACAUCAUCAGAAAUAACAAAAAUUAUUAAAAAAUUGAAAAACAAAAAAUCAUCGGGGUAUGAUCAGAUAUCUAACCAUAUAAUCAAACUACUCCCGCCAGCAUAUGUAGAUUGCAUAGUUAAAUGUUUCACUGUUUGGCUGAGCGAAGGUCGGUACCCGGAUUUUUGGAAGCUAGCAAAGAUAAUUACAUUGAACAAAAUUAAUGCCGGAGUACCCCGAGCUGACCAGACCCGACCAAUCUCGCUUUUGGCAACACACUCGAAGUUAUUUGAAAAAGUACUUCUGGAAAGAGUAAGCAAUUGGGCUGAAGGAGCACAGCUAGUGCCGAUUGAACAAUCAGAUUUCAGACAGGGAGGACUGCUAGCAACCAGAGUUCUCUCAAUUUACCAAGAAAUCCAAAAUAACCUAGCAGCAAACAUGCCAACGCUCGCCUUGUACGUAGACUACCGUAAAGCGUAUGAUAUGGUAUGGCACGCUGGCCUGUUGGUGAAACUGCACGAUCUAGGCAUGCCCAUAGCACUAUUGAAAAUGACGGCUUCCUGGUUAGGGAAUCGACAAGCUUACAUCGUGUUAGGAGACAAAGUAUCUGAAAAGUACAAGAUUAAUAUUGGACUGCCACAAGGAAGUAGUCUAAGCCCAUUUCUUUUCAUAGUCUAUCACUGUGAUCUAAUACAAUCUCUCGGUGCCCAUUCAGGUCACAUGUUUGCUGACGACCUCAGUGUACUCAUAAAAGCACCAAUUACGAAAUCUCUAGCCACAAUCGUUAGCUAUCUGGAAAAAGAGGGCACAGAAGUGUGCAGUAAAAUAGCAGCUUAAGCAAAGAAAUGGAAACAACCAAUCAACGUACAGAAAACAGUAGGUCAGAUUUUCUACAAACAGAUCAAACGACCCGAAAUAAAGAUACAUAUGGAGGGACAUCAACUAGAAAUAGUUAACUCAUUCAAAUAUUUAGGAUUUACAUGGACGAGCAAAAUGUCAUUGAAACCUACAAUCGACCUUUGUCUAGAAAAAGUGGAGAAGGCCUUAAUAAAACUGAAGUGCACUGUAAAAAAAAUUCGUAGAAUAAUAAACCCAAAAAGGGUUGAUGAAAGUGUAACGUAUAAUCAACCCUUUUUACCGUAUGGAAAAUUUUCCUAAACCCUUAAAAAGGGUUUAUUAAAGGGUUUAGGAAAUUCCUAAACCCUUUCAUAUACCCUUUCAAAGGGUUUAGGAAAGGGUUUAGGAAGUUCAUAAACCCUUUAAGGGUUUAUUAUACGUUACACUUUCAACAACCCUUUUAAGGGUUUAGGAAAAUCAUAAACCCUUCGAUAUACCCUUAGUAAGGGUAUAUGAAGGGGUUUAGGAAAUCAAUAAACCCUUACAUAAACCCUCAAAAUGGUUUAUGACGGUCACCAAGUACGGAUGGGAUUGAGCAAAGGGUUUAGGAAACGUUCAUAAACCCAUAUAAGGGUUUAGCCAAGGGUUUAGGACACACUCAUAAACCCAUAUAAGGGUUUAGGAAAUACUCAUAAACCCAUUAUAAGGGUUUAGGAAAUGCUCAUAAACCCAUAUAAGGGUUUAGGAAAUACUCAUAAACCCAUAUAAGGGUUUAGGAAAUUCUCAUAGACCCAUAUAACGGUUUCAUUACAAAUAGAGACCCGAAUGACACACGAGAUAAAAAAAGAAAAAUAAGUGAUCGCAUAUCUUUGUUGCCGAUUGAAUUGUUAAAAAUUCAUUUUCAUUUAUGAUCUGAAGUAUUCUCUAAAAAAUUCAAUGUGAAGAGAACUAAGUGAUCAUGCUGAUUACUAAUAUGUUAUUCUUAUUCACUGACAAGUUAUCCUUCAAAAUCUCUUUGGGAUAGUGUGUUUAUAUUUUUUCGAUAGUUCUUUUUGCAAUUAUAAUUUUACUAUCAUCAUCAAUAUCGUCUAUAAGUUUUUUUUUAUCAGCUAUACAUAUAUGGAUAACAGGGCUGCCAACCGUACCCCAUUUUGGGGUACAAUACCCCA